AAGUUGACAAGUUUUGUCGCAGUAUAAGACUCCGCCCCGCCCAAGUCACAUCGUGUGCGAUUGUUGUUUUUAUUGUCACUCACAGCCCGUGGUUUCCCGCGCUUUUGAGUAGGCUAUCCUUACUUUGCACCGUGGCCUACAGAAAGAGUGUUCAUCCACCCAGAUGCAUCUGCGUUGGCGACGUGUAGUCCCCGUUGGGGGGACGUUUGCCGCUCUGACGAUAUGGUGGCUGGCCCUGCCCGUGCAGGGAGCACUGGUAGACAUGUCGGAGACCUCGAGAGCAAGCCUGGGGGCGAAUACGAACAGUGAGCACCCUGUGCCGCAGCCUGGCACGGAUGUCAUGGUGCAAGAAAAGUACGACCCAGGAGACCUGCAGAUGGGAUGUCGGGAGCUCAAGAGUAAGAAAUAUAUCUCUGAUGGUUUCUGCACAAGUGUGCGCCCGAUCAACGAAGUGGUUUGUGCAGGCCAGUGUCUUCCCACAAGGUUACUCCCCGACUACGCCGAAUUUGAGAAAUAUUGGUCUACAAACAAGGUACGCGAGUGGCAUUGCCUUAACGACCAGGUACGCACCAAAAAGGUAGACUUGAUCUGCGAAAACGGUGAGAUGCGAUCUUACCCAAUCCGUGUGAUCAGAUCUUGCAAAUGUAAGCGAUACAACAACCGGCAUAACGAGUCCAGGCUAGAAGAUCCGCGCACUUCGCGCAGGGGAGGGAAACGGAAGAACCGGCGGAGGGGAGAUGGCGAGAAGAAGUCGCAAAGGCGACGGCGGCGCCGAGGUCGUAAUGGCAAGAGAAAGAGGCAGAGCAGUGAUUAGCAUUGACGUUUAUAUAACUGUACAGGGAAUGUGUGCAUCUGAUUGGUUCGAAACACACCGACGCAGCAGCUACACUGCCAUACUGAUAUCCACCGACCUACAGUUUAGAUAAUGUUCAAGCAGAUAUAUGGCUUCUAUUCGCCAUGUUUCGCAGAUAUAUUCGACCGUUUUGUUUGUCUUCCAGCCGGUGUGUUUCCCACUGGAGAUCUUGCCUCGCACAGGACACAAUCGUAUUAUAUGAAUAAAACGAGCGAAAAAAAAGUAUCGGAGAACAAGCCGCACAUCUGCUUGGGGAUUACAGUUUUGGUCCAGGCGUGAAAGGAAAGUAUGAAGACACUGUGGGGAGAGAUAUGACACCCAGUGACAAUAAGUGCAUGGAUAGGUGAGACCAGAGGGUGACAGAACAGACAAGUACACACAUAGUUGUGGAGCUGGUGGUGGAGUAGCUGUCAGCUCGGUUUCGAUUAAUCCUGUAUUGCCAGUCUUGCUUCGAUUGUAAAUAUGUUUCAAGCGUACCGAUAGGAUGCAAGCAGAUUACAACAAAGGUGUACUAGUAUUUCUUUUCCCAUAUAAAAUGGGCUGGAUGUAUGAUGUGAAAUAUUUUAGUCUAAACCUAUUAGGACUAUGCCAGAACCUGAAAAUUAUUUUGCAGUGUCUCAUUUCAAAUCCAUUCGCCUGAGCCAUCAACACUUUGAUAGCAUUUGAUGUAACAUUUGAUUCUUUCUUGUUUUUGUUGUUUUGUCCUUGUCUUUAACUAUCUGGGCAUAUGGACUUGGCUACGGGGUAAUAAGUAUAUGAUGAUAAAUAACAUGUUACAAAGGAAAUGUCCAUCACAUGGAGAUCAUUAUACGAUGUGUACAGUUUAAUGACAUUCAUUGCCUUCUUUCGAGGAUUUGUUUAUCUCGUUGAACUUUCACCGAGAGCCCCCUGCAAUGAUAUUCUAAGAUCAGUGAUAUGGCAUAUACGCAGAGGAGGAAAAUCCAACAACGUAUAUUAUUUGGUCUUCAACAGAUGCUCUGUAUCAUUAAAGGGGGGAAAAUUGGCCAUGA